GACUAUAUCAAAUAAUCAUUACCACCGUCCACAUUAAAGAUUUCAUCAACACCCAAGAGGUUAUUGUUUACGUAUUGAAGCCAAGAAAGCCAAGAAACACGCCCAACUGCAAAAGGUUAGUAGUAUCUUACUAAGCUGUAAUGAGAGCGGAAUAUACAAAUGUACCAACGUUUUAUUCAGUCCACUGAGUCAUCACUGGAAAUUCGAAUUUUAGAAAAAGAGAAAACUUGCUGGAUUCAUUUGUUAAUGUAAUAGGGACUUGAGGUUCGGUUUAAAUUCGUGUAUGUCAGGGGCAUUGUUUUCUGUAAAGUAUAUGUUCGACGAAGCACAUAUUGUUUGGAAACUUCUAUAGCUUGAGAAAGGCUGAAGAUUAUUGUCCUAUUUGCCUUUCGUAUUUGAAAAACACCAGAGUAACCAAAGUAUAGAGUAAUUUCACAAGCGCGCAUUGGAUCUCUUAUUGAUCGUUUUCACUGAAACGCCCGUGGCCCCUGGCCUGCGCAUACACUUUUACAGGGCUAAAAUUUUUUACUUUCCUUGUCAACUUUCUGGACUUUCUGGUUUGCCCUGCUUACGCGACAUUGUUUGGGACAAACCAAAUUGCAAUCACAGGGGCCAUGUUGCUCGUGUGACUUUCAAGAGUUCAAUCUUAGGAGAAGACAAGCAGCACUUAAAAAGCGAUCCAAAAUAAUUUCUUGUGGACAUAAAAAUAAAAUCAUGAUCUGAAAACAUUCAUUGAACAUCCCACCGGUUUUGUUUGACUGAGCAAUGUGCAAAUCAACAAAACUUUGUUGUUCAUUAGGGAAAAAAUGACCUAAUAAACGUCCGGGGCGUCUCUAGACGUUUAAAAGAGAGAGACGUUUAAUCUCAUAACUGUAACAAGCUCAACAAAACUAAUAUGCUUUGGGCGAAAAGAUCAAUCGGAGUUUAAAAAUGUCGGAAUAUCCAUUCCAUCAACUGAUACGUCUAUGCCGUCAAGACAAAUCCCAUAACGUCGAUGUCAGAAUGCUCGCUCAGGGUUAUUGUGUUGCUAUCAUUAGUCUAUCCUUACUCUAAACUUAACAUUGAACAAGAUGAAAUACGCAAAGUCUGGUUUGUUAAUCGAAGGAGUAAUCUAGUAUUUUGGAGUAAUUCCCAAAGGGGGCGUCUAUUACAGACGGGCGUUUAAUAAAAUUUAAACAGCGUAGAAGGGGCGUUUGUUAGAUAAGAGGCGUUUAUUUGAAAAUGGGUGUUUAUUGAUUAGGUCAUUUACAGUAGUCUUAUUUCCCCACUAAUUCAUAGUUGCACAAAUCUGGUUGUACACGGUUUUGCGCGCGCAAAAUUUACCUUAACCCUUGUAAUAUUGUUCAUGCAUCAACGAGAAACCUUUACAAUGUAAAUAUAUUUGUUUUUUCUUCGUUUUAUAACAUUCUUUUAUUAACAGUGAAUUAUCUUCGAAAAGAACUUUUAAAGUGUCUCACAAUAUAAGGAAAUCCAAGACAGUCUUGGAUUCUGGAUUCUACGACGCGGAUUCCAGACUCAGGUACUCGAUUCCAGUCUCUGACAGCGGAACUUGGAUUCUGGAUUCCAAUCGUCAGUGGGAUUCUGGAUUCCUUGAGCUGUCUUCUGGACUCCAAAGACCAGGAUUUCGGAUUCCACAAGCCCUUACAUGGGUCGAAAAGUGUGAGAGUUCAUUUAAGAGCACUAACAUUGUUCAAAGAUUAGGUGUCAUCGGUGGCCUCACGCCAGCACCCAGAUAACCUAUAAAGAUCAAAUCCAAAAAUUCAAACAGGCAUUUCGAUUUCUAUAUCAAACGCAAAACUACUACUUAACACAAAGUUUCACAUCCCACACAAUUAACACUAUUCUAAUACGGUCUGUUGGUUUGCACAGAGCUCACGGUUGACUGUUUUCUGAUCCACAUGAAUUCCCUGAGGAUGCAAUUCAUUAACAAAAAAGCGUUUUUACAUCCCUUGAUAAAUAAUGUAGACUUCUUAAUGGAAAUUGGAGUUCAUAUUGCGUGUAUCGGCCACAAAUAGUUGUGAUGACUAUAUCAAAUAAUCAUUACCACUAUCCACAUUAACGAUUUCAUCAACACCUAAGAGGUUAUUGUUCACUUUGUAUUCACGACGUCAGAAAGCGGGGACGACACGCCCAAAAAGUUAGUAGUAUCUUAUUAAGCUGUUAUGAGAGCGGAAUACACAAAUGUACCAACGCAGGAGCCUAUGACCAACGUUUUAUUCAGUCCAGAAAGUCAUCACUGAAAAUUCGAAUUUUAGAUUUAAACAGGAGAAAAAUUACUAGAUUCAUUCGUUAAUGAAAUGGGGCCUUUUAGCAUUUUUAGCUUAAAUGCUUCAGUUUAAGUGCCUAUUCGGUCAGGGCCACCCAAUGAUUGGUUUUGUGAAACAUCUGUUCUAGGAAGCACAAUACUGUCUCGAAAUUUCUAUAGCUUGAGAAAGGCUAAAUAUGAUUGUCUUAUUUGUCUUUCGUUUUUGAGAAACACUAGAGAAACAAGAGUUUAGAGGACUCUUGGAGUAAUUUAACUAGCGCGCAUUGGAUCUCUCACUGGUCUACUUUUCAGGCUAAAAUUUGGCCAACAGUAUUUAAGUAAGCGGGCCGUAGAUAUCAGAUAUCAGUGAAUCAAUCUCGAUGAAAGUUUCAGACCUUAUUAUAUACUCUAUGAAGAUUAUUUGAAGAGAUUUUAAAAAAAUUCGUUCGAGUCGUUUCAGCGAUAUACAAAAAAGCGCUAAAAGUCCAAAUUUUGAAUGAAGUUUCACUUAUACAGGUGGAGAGAAAACGGGUUACUUUUCAAGAUCGCAAGAAUGAAAAUACACCAAAAUUUCCGAGCAUCAAAAUAUGCAUGAUAUUAGGCAACAUUCUGACGCUACUUAAGAAUAAUUUGAGUCAUUUAUAACGUUUUUAUUAAAUAAUCUAUCACGGCUAUUGAAAAUUUAAGGUUAGAAAUAUAUUUUCGUUUUAGUCGAAUUCAAACAUACAAAAUUUCUUACUUCUUACGGACAUUGUUUGCUAAACACCAAACUUUGAGUUCCAGCCUAGUGUUGGAUUUUCAGUAGCUGGUCUAGAUUGCCCAGUACCCCAAUAACCUAAAUCCAAAACACAAACCAUCAGAUAGAUUCAAACAGGCGUUUCGAUUUCUAUACCAUCACUAUUCCAAUAAGGUGGUAUGUUGGUUUACACAGAACCCAAGUCAAGGUUGACGGUUUCUGAUCCACAUUAAUUCCCUGAGGAUGCAACUCAAGUUCAAAAGCAACAAACCUUGAAACACAGAAACUCCUAGACUUGCUACAAGUUGACCUCUUGGCGAGCGGAGCGAUCCUUUUUUGGCCGCGAAGCGGCCGAACGCGAGCGACGAAGGGCUUUUUUGAAAGUCUAAGAAACACCGGCACAAAACAGAUCGUAAUCCACCAAUCACAAAUCAAAAACCAUGAUCUAUUGACUGGCCUUUGGAAAACACCUACAGUAGUUUUCUAAGAGGUCAGCUAAGAUGUAAAGGCCAGUUCAGAUUUUGAUUGACGUCGCAGAAAACCCCAAACUCCGAACACGUUUUUGACAUCACCGGUCGCGUGCUAUCCGAAACAACUAGUCGCUUUUCAGUCAAAGCUAAGGAAACGAGAAUGAAACGAGUGUUCCACGAACCACACUUUCGGACAUAAUCUUCCCGUAUCUUAAGUUUUCGCAAAAAGAGUGCUUACUUUUUUUUUGGUUGACUUGAAAAAAAUAGUGCCUUUUUUUUCUCUUUUGGAGGAAAAUGCUUCGUGGUACUUUCACUGGAAAUUUAAUACUCGCAACUGAGCAUGAAACUCCCAACACAUAACAAGCAAUAGCCAGUUCACAAAACCGGCUCUAAUACCCCGGCGUUAUACUUUGAUAGACUGUGGUAGCGUACUUUUUGGCAUAUUGGGGACCUUCAGAUCUGAGGUCGGCGAGGCAGCGAAAACCGCUCGCUGAAAAAGUGAAUUUGCGUUCUUUCAAUCUUCAUAACGAUCAUGACUCGAAGUCACUAACUUUGUCAAAUGUAGGUGAACUCACCUAAACGUUGAAUUCCUAAUAUAAGAACCACAUCCAAGUUCAGAAAGAGAGAGGAAAUAUCGUCGUCGCUCGUGUACUUCUUCUGUAGAAUGUGACGUCGCAGUCGUGCAGUGACGGAAAAGAAAUGUACAAAAAGUGUGACGCACGUCAGGGUAGUUGUUUUGCUCAUUCAAUGGAACUAAAAAAAAUUGCUUUUUUGACGUUUUCGUUGCCGUCGCCGUCGUCGUUAAGGUCCCUAAACAGUAAUUACGAGCAUAAUUUCUGUCUAUUUUCCACUGCCAGCAUAAUUUACACUUUUAACAAGUUUUGCAGCACAGAAUUGUCAUUUAAAGAUCAUGCCUGGGGGGUACUCCCCAUAACAGCCUAUACGGGGAGGCUCCGCCCGAAAGGGGUACCUUUUUCAGGUUUCAGGUAUAUGAAAGUGUAGGGAUUUUACUCGUUGAAGUAUACAAAAGGGUAGGGAAAUCUGUCAUUUGGGUUUGUGAAAGGGCCCAAAAGGGCUAACAGAUUAAUUAUAUGACUUCAUAAAGUCGAGAAAACGUUCUUUUGAUUUCUGUUUAAAAGACAGUGCAUUUACAGCAGUUAAAAGGGAUACAAAGUUCUAAGCAAGGUUUGUGAAAGGGGUACCUUUUUCGUGAAAAAUGGUAUAUCAUAAGGGUGAGGGGUUGGACCUUCCACCAAUAAGAAUUUGUUGAGUACCCCACGGGGAUCAUGCAGCCAAUUUUUUGUCGGCCCGAGAUCACUGUUAUAGGCAAAUUUAACUGAGAAGCAAAAUCUAUUUUUGUCUGCCUAUUGUCACAUUCAUGGGACCUAGGUCAGUGACCCUGGACUUUUUAUAAUAUGCACUAUAGAGCCUAUUCACUCACGUGGCCAGCAUCUGUGCUAAUUUAUACGAACAUACAAAGUUUUUACAUAAGACAAGAGUUCUAUAAACAUCUUCUUGUAUGUUGUGUUUUCCCAAUAGCCGGUCCCAGGGGAACUUGGCCUAUUGUCUUUUCAUAAAUUACCGUAAACGAUCUAAUAAACGCCCAGUCUCAAAUAAACGCCACUUAUCUAAUAAACGCCCCCCCUUACGCUGUUAAGUUAGUAUUAAACGCCCCCUGUCUAAUAAACGCCCCCCUUGAAAAUUGCCCCCAAAUACUAGGAAAUGGUGAAAUAGAGCGAAAUCAAUCAAUUUAUUAAUUUCACUGCUUGAUUAACAUCAGUUUGUGUAUUAUGUCAUGUUCAAUUUCUAAAUAAGCCGUCAGGCCCGCAGUCGAGAUUCUGAAAGGUUUUUAGCCGAAAGCAUACUGUAUACAGUUAUGUUGAGUUCGGGUUAAAAUAAGUUACGAGAAUAAACGCCUCUCUCUUUUAAACGCCUCCCAUCUAUUAAACGCCCCCACUUGGACCCCUAAAAUUAAAUUAACGCCCCGGGCGUUUAUUACAUCAUUUACGGUAGGUGUUAUGAAGAAAGAGUGUAGCGUGACUGUGAGAUGGCGUGAUUUUACGAUAUACGUAGCGUGAUGCACGUGAAUAAGACAAAAUAUGAAAGAAACGGUUCCCGAGAGUAUUAUCACGUGACCUGUAUUGGGAAAACAAAACAUACAAGCUAGAAAGGUCUAUUCCUACAGGGUUGUCUUGGUACACCAACAUGGCCGCCGUUUCAUUGUUUUGUAACACCAAUAUGGCCGCGGUGACGAACUCCAUAAAACUUACUAUUGGCAACAAUUGCCUGUUUUUAAAUCGCAACCCUUUUUGAAGUUAAAGUAGAUACUGUGAACGACAGCAACACUCUCUUGUUUCAAAAUGCAGCUAUUUUGACAACUUACAAGUAACCGGGAGCACUGAACCUGUCGCACGAGUUACAAUCCUGGGUCAUAACAUCGUAUGCAUACAUACAUGACAAGCAAAAAAACUCUGUACUUUUAUUCUACGACAGGAUUUAAAAUGAGCUUGGUUAAGCUGGUGAUCGUUCUGUUUUCCAUUCUGCUGAUAACCCAGUUAAUCUUUGGGUCUCACUUGAAGCACGAACAUGUUAAAAGGAAUCCUGGAUCGUCUACCAAUGACACUGAGGUAAAAUAUAUUGCAUGUCUUUAAAAUAAGUUACGGUCAGCGCGAAAGUCCCGAGCUAACUCAAGUUAAUUAAGGCAUGGGUCAACAGCUAUUAUCCCGUAAAAAUGAAGGGGGUGAUUUAUAAUUUGAACUGUUUAUCAUGAAGCACAUAAUACCAAAAAAUAUUAUAAACCACAAAAAAAUUAUACUUCAGAACGCAAAAAUAUUAUGCAAAUUACGUAAGGUGACCUUACGUCUCCACAAAGUCUCAAAACAUCUUUAAGAAAAAAUGGCCACACUUUUUUGCAGGAGAUACAACGAAAUACAAAAUAAGCCGCUACAAAACUGCUCUUGGCAACUUUGAAAUUUCUCGUUCAUUUUGAAAAUAAACGGGUUUUCCAACUAGUACCCAGCCUCCUAAAACAAGUGUAUCAUUAUAACACGCUUUUCCUUUAAAAAAAUCUUGACAUUGCCAAGCGCAGAAAUGACAUACGUAACGGCCUUAAAAUCAUUAAACUAGUAGAAAAAUUAAGGAAACAAGAAAAAGUGUGCCUAUUUUAGUUCAAAGCUUUUCUGAGCGUGGCGAGUCACGUGACCUCAUUUACAUAUUUGGUGUAGCCUAAACGGACAAAAACUAGCAGUGUAUGUGUCUGACAAGUUUUCAACCUGCUACUGCUAAUGCAUCGAAAGAUAGACAACCCCCUCACUUUUCGACUUAAUAGUCAACUGUGGACUCCCGGCAUGCGUUAAUUAACCUGAGAAAGUCAAUUUUGAUGACUUAUGUUUAAAUCGAACUUCUUAAACUUAUUGAACCUAAAGACCCUCUCAAAGAGACGACACUUCCAUCGUUGCAUUAUGAUGCUAUAAUACCUGUCAGGGGAAAUUUGACAUCAGGCGCAAUAGUAGUUUUCAUUUUUAUCAAAGUCGCAGAAGCAACGAUUUACCCCUUCUUCGCUUGCGCACCAAUUGGGGCAAGCAAACUUUCAUAUUUCAAGCCUCCAAGGACUGGAACAACCUAGACAAUGACAUUAAAAACAGUAAUUCAUUGUCCUUAGUUUAGGUAAACCUUAAAACUUUGCAAAUAAAUCCCCCAUCUAAUUUUCACUAUUUCAAAAUAAUUUAGUUUUAUAUGUUAAUAUCAAUUUUAAUGAGUGAUUGGAAAUCAGAUGGAAACUGCUCAAUUUUUGCAUCCUUUAUUUUUCUUUCUAAAAUCACUUUGUUUGCGACGUUUUUUCAAGCAUUCAACACAGUGUUCUGGGCGUAACCACUCGAACAGUUGGGUAACCUUACUUUAUCGAACCCAAACGAACUUAAUCGAACGAUCGAUUUCGGUAAAAGAACUUUACACAAUCGAAGAAAAAAGUUUGCGUGAGUGUUCGAUUAAGUUCUUUUUCCGAAUUCAAUCGAACCAGUCUCGAAACCAGUCAAAAUUAACUUAUUAUAUAAUCGAACGUCUUAACCAACACUUUUAAAAAAUACACAAGGAUUCUCUGAAAAAAUCUUUUUCAAAGAACCAAAAAAGAGUCAGGUGAAACGAACAAUAGAUUGAUUGCAUAAAAGUGGAGGAGUUCUGAACGAGCUGGUGCGAUUGACGGUGUUAGUGGGUGCAGGAACGCCUGAGGAACCCCUAUGAACGUCUGUGGGGAGUGUGAUAACACCCCAGGGAGCCCACAUCACACAAUCUGUGUGUAACCGAUUGUUUUUUAUAGUAAAUGUACUGGAUUUACCGUUUGCUUAAUCUAAUGCGAUAUAUCGCUGUAGGUAUGUUAGUAUAUAAAUCACUGCCAAAUAAGCGUUGAACUAGUACCUGCGGUAUAUUGUCGUGCAAAACACCGUUUUUGAGGCAAAAGUUCUUUGCGAUUUGUCCUCAAAUAACCAACCUUGAUUACAAUGUUCAGCUUGGCGAAGUGUAAAUGUCAAUGAAUACAGCCCCUCCGAUUUCAUUUCUGAGCCUCAAAUGUAUUGAAACACACAGAGGAAAAAUUAGUGACAAAAUACUCAUUCCAGUUUGUAUUUAGAAGAAUGACCUUAAUGGACAUACUUUCCUUCACAGAUACAGGGGCGACAGGGCUCGUCCUUGAUCUCUCUGAAAGAAGGCGAGGAGAAAAACAAGCGAAAAGGUAAACUAUGUGUUGACGUUUCCUGAAAGUCCAGGGAACAGCUGUUCAGUGUGGACCAAACUAUUCAUCACAUUUGAUUUAAGACCACAGUAGUGUCAUGAUGUUCCAUUUUUUGCAGACCCCAACACCUUGCUGUGUUUUACAGUAUGUUGUAGUAUGGUUAUGGUAGUAUGGCUUUUCAGAUCACAUGCAUUCAUCCGUUUUUGAUUACAUUGUUUAUAUCGCGGUUAUGUCACAUUGAAUACAUAAUUUAAUUCAUUAUUUGCAAAUGCAAUAAAUAGCCAAAUUAAUCUAUAUUUUCAUUGGCCGAUCAUGUAAUUAUUGUUGAUGUCUUGUUAAAUACUAUGGGGUUGUGUUGGAGCAACUCGCUCGCUACACGAUGAGGUACCAGGAAUCUGAUUUACAUCUUGGCCUUUAUUCUUCUUAAUCUUCUUACAUCUUCUGCUUACUCUACUUCUCCUCUACUUUUCUCUACGUCUCCUACUUAUAGUAGCCGUUUUAAUAGCCAAAGCUGGAUAUGUUUGGGUUAGCUGACCGGAAGAGUUUCUAUUGUAUAUCUUAUCGCUAACAUUGCAACAGGUUUGCUAUUGUUAAGGAAUAGACUAGCCUACGCACAGCCGCAACUGAUAAGUACCAAAUAACGAAGGUCAGCUCUCACACCACAAACACGAUCACCUGUAAAAAAACUAACAUCUGACAAUGCCAAGCGAAUAACAUUCCCAAUAUGGCAAUGAGCAAAUUCGCGAGCUAAGCAUGAAUUCAAGUACAAGUAAAAACAAAAGAUCAAAGCACGGAAACAGUACGUGGACAAAAACAAGACUUGAUGAAACAAAAACUAAACUUAAAAGAUAAGAUAGAUCUGUCUUAAAAAUAACUUUCAAAAUACUCCACAACAAUACACAAUUUCAAUAAACUUGUUUCUGAUCAACAACAGUCUAUUUACACCAGGGCAGCACUCUUUUACCUAGAGUUACACUAGUAAUUGGUACAGAAGGAAACAAUCGCAUCAAGCCUUUGAGAUUUCUUUAAUAAACAAUUAUUCUGCAAGAAAAGAUUACACAAUGUUCCAAUUGGUUCCAAAAUCUAAGCUAAACUGGAAUCACGAAAGCAUAAAAAUUGGUCAAAUCAUAAAACAAACACGAUACAAAGAAAAAGAAACAAAACAUUAUCGCACCUGAAGAGUGGAUCUCUCUAGCUUGUAAGAACUUGAGCAUCAAAGAAAUAAAAACUAUUCGUUCGUGUCCAUAGGCUUAUCGUAACUGAAAAACUAAACCUAAGAAAGUUCACUAAAAGCAAGUUAAAUCAAUCUAUAAAACUGUCAAUCAACGAAAUCGGCGGAUCAGCAAUCAAUCACAACUCAUGAUCAGUUCAAUGUAAGUCACGUAAGUUCCAAUACAUUUGGCGGAAACUUUGGACGUUUAGACCAGUAAUAAACUGCUAAUUGUUCUUGGAUCACUCAUGAAUCAUCACCAUCAUCAUCAUCUUUGAAGCUUGUGGUUGUGACCGAAGCCUGGGUUGUCUGCGUUGCCCGGUAGGUCUGCAUAAGCAUCGUCUUAGUUAUCCCUGACGUAGUUAUUGUACACAUGUAGAUACCCUGAGUGGUUGCAGUAGAAAUAAUGGCCUGUUAGGGCAAAACAAAACUAAACCAAAACAAAAAAAAAGGAUAAUUAUAAUUCUAAAAAAAAUAAAUACAAGAAAAUUCAGGGAAUGAAGACAUUUUUAAGAGGUGUUUUUUUUUCAUUUGAAAGAUUGUGUACUUUUCGAGCAGUCUUAAGGAAAGAGAUAUGCCCAAGCAAUUUAAAUGGGGAACUUACUUUCUGACAUAUCUGUUAUACAAAAAACAAAAACAAAAAAAAAACAAUUUUCGCUAAAAUAAGUACCUGUACUUUUCUGUGUAUUUUCUACACAUCGGUAUCCCGUUUUGGUAAAACCGUUUUGGCCAGUUGAAUUUGGCGGACAGGGAUUCCCAAAACAGGCAUUCUGAAAAGUAAAAAGAUACAAACGCUACAAUCGGCGGAAAGGAAAAAAUGAAUAAACCUUCCUUAAAACUGCUAAAACAUACAUGGCUAUUGAAAUUUCUCUCUUACAGUCUUGUUGUUGAUGAGCAUGUUUUUUGUUUCAUUGUUAUUUUUUACCGAACAUUUACUGAAUACGUUGCAGUAGAUAGACUAUCAUAAGUUUCUCACUGUAUAUUAACCACGUCCCCCCUCCCCACCUCCACCACCACCACAAAAUAAUAAUAAUAAUAAAAUAAAUAAAUAAGAAACGCUUUUCAUAACUUCAGAUGUCAGUUUGAAAUAAGCGCGCGUAUUAGACUGAACUCCGCUCUCGUAGAUGGUUUUUUGGCUGCCUGAACAAAGUUUUCCUGGAAAGCAUCUUUACGCCUUAUGAAGGAACAAGACUUACGAUUGGCAAAGCUUGCAGCCCUUAUCUGCAUUUCCUUUAGAAAUGCUUGACGCUACCUAUACUUGGGUGCUUAUCUUCUGUUGUGCGAAGUUUCAUAGAAAUUUAUAAGAGGAAUUUUGACAUAUCUUGGAAAUUCUACAAAAAGGGCACAAAUUAUGCAUGAACUGAAGACUGUACUCAAUGCAGACAAAUUUGCUACUUUUUGGAUGUUUCUGAAAAGUUUUGAUCACUCAUUCAUUUUGACAAUCAUACACUCUAACCGGCUAAACGCAAGUAGACUUAAGUUGGGCGAUUUCGAAAAACACGAAAAUAAGUAAAUCAGCUUAAAACGCAACGCUGAGCUGUUUUUGUAAUUUUAAAGGCUAACUUCACGAAAACAGCGAUUAAACCAAAAUUCAUCGAUAGACUUUCUUUAAAAACGUUCAGUGCUGCAAUUAAUCAGUUUACUAUCCCAGUAUUCCGUGUCCAUUGAAAAUGUUUUAAGUUGUUUAACGUAGGCGCAAAUUUGAGUAAAUAUUAAAGCGAUGUCAGAGUUGUUAUUAGAACUUUGGUUUUGGAUUUUCUGUUGUCUUAAGUUUCGCAUAACAUCAAAUUCCCAUGCAGCACGCGGGAAUUUAGCGCGCUUAGCUGCCCUCUAAAAAAAAUGAAGACACACUUUGGAUGGUUUAUAUAAUUAUAUGAUAGGUUUCAUUAUUUAUAAAUGUGCUCUUUAUUUUCUGGACAGAAGUGGAGCUAAAAUUAGGAAAAAGUUUCGUUAAAUUUGUGUAAUUGUAAUUUAUGAUAAUUAUUUCAGCUGGCUAAUUUGAGAAAAAAUUCCACUUAGGAAACAUGAAUUUCUAGAAGGUUAAAAGAAAAAUUUAUGAAAGAUCCAAGUCUCAAAACUGUGCUUAAAAAGAAAAAAAAACUGUUUCCCUUUUUGCUAAAAUCUCGAUAAUACGAAAAUAGCCUGCGUUGUCUCUGAUCUUCCAGGAUAGUCUAUAUUCAUUAAUUGAGGUGCAAAGACAUCAUCUGUUGUGCGCAAUUAUACUGAAAGAUUAUUUCUAUUAUUGGUCUGUAUUACCUUUUCGUAACAGUUCUUAUAAUAAAUCUCCCUUUUAUUUAUUGAAAGCUUCAUUUUUAAGUUUAGAAUGUUUGAUUAGUGAACAUAUCGGAUGAAGCUAUUGUGUGUUUUCACAUGACGUCAUGGCGGCCAUAUUUGUGUCCCAAAACAAUAAAACGGCGGCCAUGUUUGUGUCCCAAACCAGUCCUGUGGGAGUUGAACUCUUUUCUUAUGCAAACGCUUUCUUUUGUUCCAAUACAUUUGCAUAGAUGCCGGCCACGUGAGUGAAAACACAGAAUAGGGCACGGGUAGAAAGGAUGGAACUAACGGAGAAAAAUCAAAUGCACGGCAUGUGGUUGUCCUUUUAUUGACAGCUUACUGCGGCAUAAAGGUUUGCCUGGUAAUAUGACUUUUUGAUCUGAGCGGUUUGGUAUUUUCGCUUCAAUUACUUAUCAGUGCUUAGUAACAAAAUGAAGGCGUUUUUGUAAUUUUUUUUUCUUUUUUUUAUUGAGAGGGAAAAGCAGGAAAGUAAAAACAUUUAAUCGGAACACCAAUAGAAAUUUCAAAACAAAAUAAAAGUCAAUCUUUGAAAGAAAAAAGGUAAACAAGAACAAAUUUUCCUACGAACAAUGUUUGCAUUGUCUACUGAUACCGAUUAGUUUAUAAACUCUCAGUGAUCUUGGUGAUUUAAGCAAUCUGAUUGGUUCGCGAUCUCGAACUAUUCAACAACAUUCUCCCCGAGCGAGUGGAGGUUGGUGUUUCCCUCUUUUUCAAAGAAGGAUGUUUUGAAAUUCCACACAAUCCUAGGGUGGAUCUUUUUUUUUUUAUGACAAGAGAACACUCUGAAGGAUUCAAAGCGGCGUUUUUCCAUUUACUUAAUAAGCUGAUUUUUUCUUUUGCUCGAGGGUCAUGUAAUGUUUACAACUACUGUGAAAGGUUUGAGCCCAGGAGUGAUUUCAUUAGUAGACUGAGUAUGAUCGUCCGGGUGAACGUAGUUCUGGAUAGGACUGUUUUCAUUGACAGUGACUGACGUUUCCACAGCCCGUGCGGUAUCUAGUAUAUAUCUGUCUUGGUAUCUAGUUGGAAUUUUUUUCUCUUGCAACUCGGUACACGCUAAUUCACAUACCAAAACAAAGCCCAAUAAUUUUUCUCCCACUGCUAUAUAAUUUCUUGUUGUACCGAUUUGCACGAGACUUGCACUAAACAUAAAAGGAGAAAAUUACACACCUUUUUUGCAUGUCCUCUCCUCGCAUCCAGCGAUCGCAACGCCGAUCUCGGUUAAAUGGAUCGCGCCGGUGUGUUUGUCUGACAGUUCCAGGAUGCAUUAUCUACUAGACAACACAUAUCACUAAAAAUUUCGACCAAAAUAAUUUUCGAUCUCUCACAGUGGCAAGAAAAUCACAACACGACCACUUACGAAAAAAGCUGCCAUUUCUUCUUUCAUCUUGACAACAUUUCGCGGGGAUUUUGCCUCUAAGCCAAUGACUUUGUCGGAAAUCGACCACGUGAUUUUUGUCGCGGCGCAUGCGUAGACAUCUCUCGCCAGUGAAGGUCUGGCGAACCUUUUUUCAAAAUUAGCUUUUGGUGAAAAAAUCCUCUUCCAUCGACCCUAAGACGCCCGAGAAAGCUAUUAUAUCAGUAUUCAAGAGCUAUUUGGUCCACUUUGGAAGUUUUAAACGCCAUAUUUUGUAUUUUAGUGCAAGCAUUGUCGAGAAAAUUCGCGGAAGUCAUUGAGGAGAAGUGUACGAAGGCAUAUUAUUUGUUUUCAGUGUUCCUAUGUGGCGUUUAAUGUGGUCAUCUGGCUUUCAUUUCUGUCUAUUAAGUUCUCCAGUCAACGAUCUACCUUUUUUUCGGUUAGGUUUUAAACGUUAAAUAUGUAAAGAAAGUUGAAAAGGGUUUCCUCGAUACAGCCGUGGACUACAAAUGGGAAGCAGCGGCGAGUGAACCUGAUCUGCCACAUGACUUCCGAUUGUCUGCAACAAUUUACUCUCUUGAGUGCUUGGAAUCAGAAGAAGAAACCCAGCAAUCUUUUAUUGUACAGGAAGUCGUGUGAGGUUUGAGGAUAGAAUCCAUCGAACAUGAAACGUUUUAUCAAGCAUUCGAUUGAUGACUCCGAUCUGUAUUUGUAUACCAGAAAGUAGGCUGAUUUAGCAACAGAACGGGAACGUCAUUUGACGACGGCGCGCGCAAAUCAAUCAAAUAGCUUGAUCAAUGGCAGAGCGAGAAAUUGGGAACCGGAAGUCUAGUUUAGUCGUUUUCGCGCGCUUUCCCGUCGUCAAAUGACGUUCCCGUUCUGUUGCUAAAUCAGCCUAGUACUGACAACAGGCCGCGCGAUCUUUACCGAUAUGGUUCACUCUGAAUGUUCCUUGUAUCUUUGCUGUAUGAACGUAAAUGUUUAAGAACUGAUCUUAUAAAAAGAAAUUGUUGCCUGAAUGUUCCGUUUAUUAUCUGUUUUUUUGUGUGUGUGUGUGUGUGCUGAACUCGGUAACGUCUGAGUUACAGUGCGUUUCAUGCAGAGUGUUCAUCUUCCUAGCCGAACGCGACUGGCAUAUUUAUUAUAGUGCGUAUUUAGCUGGCAUUUUAAGCAAAAUGUUUUGCCUAAUUCGAUACUGGGUGUUUUGGUCACCGGUCAGGCGCAGGAUCGAGAUAAUGUAGCUGUUCGGUGCCUAUUAGCAAUAUCGGUCAUAGCUACACUUUUCAAGACUGGAAUUGCCUUCGAUACUUGAUCGAAAGGAUACUAUGCCUGUAGAUUGGCUUAUGAAAAAUACAGGCAAAUUGCUUGAAGAGGAUGAGAGGCUAAUCUAACCAAUUUGUUUGGGAGAUAUGAUGAUUGUUUUAAAUCAAUUCAUAAGAUAGAGACGAAGAAAUGAGCAACCUACGCUUCUGUUACUAGGGACAUAUAGUCACUAUACCAUUGAAUAUAUUUUAUAAACUUGCAUUGGCAUUCAACAGUGAUUUGUAUUGAUUUAGCUGAAUCAAGGCCAACAUUAAAGGAAUAGAGUUUAAACCUGUUUGCCUUCUUUAUUUCUCACAGGCAGGAGAAUUAUGACAGACAAAGUUUAGGGAACCUUGAUUAUAUAAAUAUUUUUUUCAGUUUUUUUUUCAUAUUUUGGUCUGAGGUAUACCUAGUCAAGCAAAUAAUGAUCUUGCCUAGAUAUAUUAACACAGGCUUCCUAUUAUAAAAAAUAUAUAUAUCUAUAUAUAUCGAUACAGGUCAAAAUCUAUUCAUGGGUCAAAACUAAAAUUCCCAUUGCUACGAACUAAAUAUCACACAUUGCUUAAAUGCAAAACAAAAGAAAAAAUAAUAAAUAAAAAAUAAUAAUAAAGAUGAUAAAUGAAUGAAUAAAUAAGUAAAUAAAAAUGAAAUCGAACUACAAUAUUUAAACAAUUGAUUUAUUUAUCACAUAACCAAAGAAGGCCAGACAUGAGGAGUUGCCUCCCUGCCUAAUUUAAAUUUGGCAGUCAAAAAUAGAAAUGCUAAUAAUAACAAUAUUCUAUAUUAUUGCGUAGAUCAGGUAUUAUGAUAAGUGCUUAUGGGCACGAAAAUGAAGGGUAAACAAGCGUCUUAAAUCACUGAUUCUUUUCUUAUUAUUCACUUUGCUCGGUUUCCUUUGUUCUUUUCAGGGAAAUACAUGCAUACUACACUAGUAAUAGUUGACACUACAGCUGCCGAGGCUCUGUAUGUUGUCGGUCAAUAGUAUUAUUGGUCUUUGGGCACUUUGAAAUGUACCGAUUCAUAAUGAAGAUUUUCACACAUAUUCCAUACACUGUAGGUGGGAUAAAAACAGGAAACACAAGGGUCCAUGCACUGAUUCAGUUCGAUUUACGCAGCUUUGAUCAAAACAUUCUCAGUUCUCAGGAGAGGGGGUGGGGGGGUGUUCUCCGCGUAAACUUUAGAAUUUUAGUAGGUGUUGUAAAAAUGGCUAAAAAUGCAUCCAUAAAAUAAUUAUCAUCCUUCAUUGUAGUGUACCGACUCUUUUAUAUAAUUAUAUAUUGUCAUUAUAGCUUGCAAUAGUUGGAAAGCUGGAACUUCUUUGUAUUGGAAAAGACAAAAAUGGCAAAUUGUCCAAUAUCAAAAUUGACCAGCAAUUUAAAACAAUAUAAACCACGUCUGUGGGUUACAUCACGUAACGUUGCAGGAUUCAGUAUAGACAAAGUUGGCUCCAUUGUCCCUCGCUCGCGCGGCUUAGCAGUAACCUACAACAAUCAGUUUUUCCAAAAGAGGUUUUCUUUGUGAACACUCUGUACCUUUAUUGUCCUUGCCAUAGUCAGUCUUCAGGGUUCUAACCCCUAUUCCCUCCCCCUCCAAAAAGUUUAGAAAUCAUCGGUGUAUCGUUUUCAGUAUCGAUGACAAGAGAAAGUAAACUGUGCUUCACAAAACCAAUCACUCGGAAAGACAUUGAUCCAAAAGCAAAUUAUUCUGCGUAAAAAUUGUAACUGUAAUAUGUAUUUUACAGUAAAAAACUAAUUUAAUUGGUUUAAGAGAUUUAAAUAAAAGGAAAUAGAUAGAGCAUAGAAACUAAGUGUGUAUUAAUUAAAGGGUUUGUCAGGAUAUGUAAGUGAAAAAUCUGGAUGAAGUUACUUAAAAACAAACUUCUCUAAGACAAUACUAGUUUAACAAUUUGUUUUCCGAAGAUUUUGAAACCAAUAAGUAAACACGCAAGCAAUCAUUCAUGAUAGAUUUUCGAAAUAUGUCCUGUUCUUAGUCUUAUACAUUGUCGGUUAUUUUAAAACACGUAAAAUCGGUAGGCAGGCCAUUAUUUAUAUUAAAGUGCUCAUAGGCGUACGGGCCGGGGGCGAGGGGGCUGCAGUUUCCCCAAGAUUUUUUGGGCAGCGAGAGGAAAUUUGGGCAAAGCCAGUUUUUCAAAGGACGUUUCCGUGUUCAUUUAAUUAUUUUAAAGACCUGAAUAUUAACCUGAAGUAGGCUUAAUAAUCCAGUUACAUUACAGUGGUUGCUUAGCAUGUGAUGAGUAAUUUACAUAUUUGCAGUUUUUUUUUUUUUUUGAUGGGCACUAUACUGCACUGCACUAGCUGGAAUGGGCUAUUUCCAGUCGAGAAUUGAUUAAAAUAAACUUUCGCAUAACUUUCUAGAAUCAUCUCCACUCGAAGAACAGUGUAUGGCAGAUAGCAUUUAGCAAUGGGUAUUGCCUGCAUAGCAAGCGUUUCCGCGCGAUUUCGACUGAAAACGCUUCAAUGGGUAUGAAAAUGAAGAAGUGGCUGACUAAUUCUCAGUUUGAAUUACGAGAAGAAUCUUUAUUCUUUUAAAAAAUCUAUCGAGCGGUUUAAAAUUAUUCGCUGAUUUGUUAAAGUAGACCGAAAUGUUUACAAAACCGCUAACAAGAGUUUCUCGAUACAUACUAAUCAAAUCCUUCUUUCGAUUCUAGCAAUCAAGCAGAGCUAUCUCCACGAUCUUUCACACAUGUUUUUAAAAAGAUUAAAACUACUAUGAGGUGAAAUUGCAGGACAAAAGCGCUUCGUUUUCUACGGAUAACGGCCAAAAAUCAAGAUUUUCCUUUUCUUACCGUAUUUCUAAUAAUAAAAACUUCAUUGCAAAAUAUCUCGAUAACGCUCCUAAGGUUUUGCUUCAACUUCACGAACAUCGAGGCGACCGUAUUGGAGAAAAAAGCUCCUGUGAACGAUUUUGUAAAGUUCCAAUGCCGAGAAUCAUUGCUGAAGUAAAAUAGAUAAUGGGGUCAUUUCGUUGCUAUGACAACUCCGAUGUCAUUGCAACUCUGAUAAUGCCAAAUUUUCAUCUUAAUACCACUGUGGUCGCAGUUUUUCCAAAUGUUUCUUUAUGGCGACGUAGUUUAUGCUCAGACUUCGUAUUGACCCUGAAAAACUGUAUCGAGCCACCUUCAUAUGCCAGGACGGCCUAUGUUGUUGCAAUAAUUAUGGCCCUCAUUUCUUUUCGACUCUUUCGUAAAAAUUUGGGCAACUUAGGAGUUUUUUUUGAGCAAAUGGUUUACCGCCCCCCUGGCAAAAAAUUUCCUGUACGCCUAUGAAAGUGCUGCUCUGGAUGACAAUAUUCGAGUAUUGUGAAAAGCAUACUGAAGCGAUAUUCCAAACCGAAUAAGAAAUUGUUGUUAUUAAGGGAUGAAGGGUGGAGAAUUCACAAAACGUUAUUGUUACAACACUACCAAACGCGCAUUACUUGUCCAGCCUGACUAAUCUAUUUGAAACGUUUCCCAUUUAUUGACGUUGACGUUUAUUCGCGUGCCAAGUUGAAACUUUUAGCUAGAUAAGGACAAAAGAACGGGAUAAACAACAAAUUCCUUUAAGAGGAGUUUUUCAUUUAUUCAAUAUUAUGACAUUGAUUGAUCUCCAUUACACGCGUACGAGGGAACGAUAUUUAAAUGCUUGACUUAAAGGAGCUGUGUCACGAAAUUCAGCCAAAUUAGGAAAUUACAAAAUGCCCGUUAAAUUAAGAGAAACAAAAAUAGCCGCUUAAAACUUUUAAGGAAGGUUAAAACAACAUAACAGAAACAACAGAUGCCACGAAUGGGCAAACGACUGGAGAAGAUUGAAACGGAUUGAAAUUAGGGUUUUUGAAAACUGUUCAGCCUAACAGUUUUUCAAAGUUGAUCCCUGCUGCUUGCAACUUCAAAAAUAAUGCUCAAGAGACAUAUUUGUUUGUCUCGGAUCUCUGAUUUUGUCAUUUACCUGUAAUUUCUUUGCUUACUUUAGUGAUUGAGGGCGAGUAAUUGACAAAAUUAAACAAAAUGAACUGGACUGCCGUGACACAGCCCCUUUAAGUCUGCAGUACGUAUUUCUAUUUUUUGGCGAAAAUAUUGUUUUUUUCUAAAAGAGUAUAAAUUACAAAUGCCAAACCUAUUAUUCACAUUUCAUUGAACUAAUGAAGCCAUGGGUUUUACAACGAAGCUCUUGGGAGUCUUACUGCUGCUAAUGUUGCCAAGGUACAUAGGAUAUCUUAUGAUAUGCUGUUGUACAAUCAUACAUGUAACAAGCCAUGAAACUAACUUUCUUUUGCAUCCUCUUUUUUCAGCUUCACCUCCACUUAAAGAAAGUAAGUGUAAGAGAACUGAAGUGACUAGAAUGAGACAUUUAGAAUUGUCUAUUGUGCUUUGCAUUUUUGACAAGGGAACGAAUUUUCUUCUUCUUUUUCUGCUUUUCGAAAUUCAUUCUUCACACCAAUACCUUUUUCUUCCUAAAUGGUUGUUUGUUCGCAUAUAGGCUACUCUUCUACCCUUUUAAUGACAAUCAGUUGACGUAGUAAAUGGUUGCGGGUUAUAAAACCUAAGGUGUGUUUAGAGCUACUUAAAAUCAUUUAUGACAGCUUCUUUGGGGUAGCAUUUUUAUCCAACACGCCCCUCUAGGCUUCCAGUAGUACUGAAAUUGGUCAGUUUGAUAGAGGUUUACAUGUAAUAAUCAAAACUUGUUUUAGCAUUGCACAAACGGAGCCUUUCAAUAUACAACGGCGUAACUUUGUAACUAGGUUAAAGGAGCUGUGUCAUGAAAUUCAGCCAAAUUAGGAAAUUAAAAAAAAUUGCCCGUUAUAAGAAAAACAUAAGAAUAACCGUUUAAAAAUUUAAAGGAAGUUAAAAUAACAUAACAGAAACAACAGAUGCCACGGAUGGGCAAAACUGAAGAAGAUUGAAACGGAUUGAAAUUAGGGUUUUUGAAAACUGUUCAGCCUAACACAGUUUUCAAAGUUGAUCCCUGCUGCAUGUAACUUCAAAAAUAAUGCUCAGGAGACAUAUUUGUUUGUCUCGGAUCUCUGGUUUUGUCAUUUACAUGUAAUUUCUUUACUUACUUCAAGUUCCAUAGCGAUUGAGGGCGAGUAAUUGGCAAAAUUAAACAAAAUGAACUGGACUGCCGUGACACAACCCUUUAAUUAAGUUUUUUUUUUCUUUUUUGUAUUUGUUACCAUUUUUUAGGAUUACUUGAAGUUCUCAAUUUGACCAAAUACAGUGGUAGGAUGAAAAAAAUAGUAGCGCUAUUUUAAUCGAUUUCCCAUCUAAGCAUAUCAAACUCCAUAUGUAAUUAAACAAACUUAAAGCAAGGGGCACAAAUACACCAACCCAUGGCCUGGCCAGUACCUCACGUAUGUGUGGGCAGUGACGACCAUGGACAGCUGUUUCGCCCUUAUUAGGGCUCAUCGGCAUGGCAUAACCGUCGUGUCAAUGAACGGGGUGAACCCGUGUCUCAAAAACACUUCCAUGGCUGCCACUACCCGGGUGAUAUGGCUGAGCGCAUGCGUGAGGUAAUGGCUAGUCCGUGGGUUGGUGUAUGCGUGCCCCGUGCUUUAAGUUUGUCUUUGUUUCAUAUGUAAUGCAGGAAACGCGUAAGAAAUAAAACUGUGGGCCCCAGCUAAAUUCUGAACGCCUUAUGGCAAUAUGAUUGCAGCGAAGACUUAGCCUGCCCUACAGAUGAAACUAAACCAGCCCUGAUUAAGUCUGUCUGUGAAACAGCACCGAAAACUGAAAUUUGAGUCCUACUAUGAUUGCCCUGCUAAAUAAGCCAUUGUCGAUUUGCCAUUCAGGCUGAAGGGAAAUUCGAAAAGUAUUUUUGGUAAUUGGCUGAGUCUGAUGGGCGCUGGUUCGCAGACGGUACUGAACAAUGUUUUCUUCAUGUAGCCAUCGCAGUUUCCCCAAGCAAAAAAUGGUCACGGAACGAAAUUGACUAAGAGGUGGUGAACUCCCAGAGGAGACUAGAAGAAAAAAAAUUGUAAUUAGGCUAGUAAAGUUUCGGUCUGUUGUCGCCCUCCACCAAUCACAUUUCGUUUAAUAAAUUUUUGUAUGUUUUUUAAAUAUUGUAAUCGUUUAUUCAAUUGUCAUCGUUUCUCACUUAGCUUUUGUAUCCCUGGGUGAAAACUAGUUUUGUCUAGUCAGAAUAUUGGGCAAAUAAAUUACCAAUCUUCUACACAAGGGCUUUCCCUCACCCCUGUUUGUCUAAGUGGUCCUUGCAAUAUUGUUAGUUAAAACCAGUUAAUCACCUGCGAGUUUUAAACGACAAAUCUUGUUAAGACGUUAUAUUUUGUUCUUGAAUUUACAGAACGCAGGACUAAUAACAAUGCGGCAGUAUCUUUUCCAUGGACAACUGAUAAAGGUAUUUUCCAUUUUGAGACAAAUAAUUUUUGAAUUUGAAAGAGGUCUAAAAAUAAAAGUGUAGUUAAAAAAUUGCAUACAAUUUAGGUUACCUUUGAAGAAUGUUAAUCGGAAUUAAAAGUUUGAACUAAAUUUUAGAAGUUGUGGAGACAUUCACGUGUAUGCAAAUUUUUGUCUUAUUCUUUCUCUUUUAAUUUUGCGGAACGGAAGAUUGAUAUAAAUGUGAGAAAAAUGUUUCCGUGGCUGCCUGAUGCAGGUACCUAGACAAAUGGCUGAAUAUACAUACAUAUAUACAUACUUUAUUGUCGCCGAUUUAACCGAUGACACCAAUCGCUAAAAAUCUACGAUCUUGAGUUAUACACAAGCGAGUUAAUUUUUUGAAGGUAAAAUCCCUGUAUGUUGAACUUCUAUAUUAAAAGUUUCAAUGCUUGUCUGACAGCGGCUGGUAAUCGGGAAAAAAAACCUACACCAUUUGCGGUCUUAGCGAUUCGGCGUGAUAAAAUCCCGGACAAAACAUGGCAGUUACAUUGAGAGCAAGGAAUUCAGUAAACACAUUUACGAUCAAAGUAAUAUUUUAGAUCUAGUGACUUCCACCCACUUUUCCACCCCCUAACCUUUGUUAUGAUGCGGCGAUAGAAAAGUGGUAAAUAGAUCAAAGAUAAAAAUAAUUAAAUACCAACGCGACAUGGAAGACAACAGGACAUAGUAUAAACAGAGACAAAACAGACAACAUAACCUUCUCAAGCGAAAGGCUUUCUUGUUUAUGGUCCAUAUGAAAACUUUAUUUAAAAACACAUAUGGCUCAUUGAUUUCUAAAAAUCCUCUUGAAGCAUAUACCUAACCAUCCAGAAAAUUAAUAAGGAACAAUAAACGGUUGGCAGUUGUGCAAGCCAUAUCAUAUAUAUUUUUUAACAAAGAAGCUUACGGCUAUCCUGAUAAUUAUAAACGACGACAAAAAUAAAAAAUAAAAAACUGCAAAAACGCAGAGCCUUAGCUAAAAAUACCGUAAAAUUCCGAAAAUAAGCCCCGGGGCUUAUAUUUUUCAAAGGCCCUUUUUGAGGGGCUUAUUUUUGGAGGGGCUUAUAUUCGGAGGGGCUUAUCUUCGGAGGGAAAUUUGCGUUUCAAAAUCGAUUGGGCUAGCCUUAUAAUUGGAAGUAAAUUUACCGUGUUUGCUUUGUUUUACUUUGUAUUUGAGGGCAAUUUUCCAAGUACAAGCCCCCAGGGGCUUAUAUUUGGAGGGGCAAAUUAACGGAGGGUUUCUUACGUUACCGGUUUGGGGGGCUUAUGCAUGGACGGGCUUAUUUUCGGAAUUUUACGGUAUUUUCUUUCAAGACUCUCUUUACCUCUUUCCAUUUGAAAAAUAGCUAACAAUCAGGCUAACUGUCCGGGCCGCGUAUUCUCUCUUCCUGUUGCUUCGAGGUCGGUGAGGACAGAACCUUGAUACAUUUUUUCGGCGCCCUGCAUAAUAGUAGUCUUGAAAACACAUACAGAUACUUUACAUUUGUUUUCUAAAGUGGCCACCACAACAUAGAAACGGCAAUUCAAAUCUAGUGCGUUUCGGUAUGAAUACUACUACCAGGAUACCUAAAUUAUUUUUUACUGCACAAACGGUGAAUCCUCCGCGAUUUCCGUUGCAUGUGCCAAAUGAAAGCAUCGUUGAUAAACAUCCAAUUAACAUCCAGAUAUUCUGCAGGAAGUUACGCUUUCGCUGUCAAAGGAUUUUGUGCAUUAUUUUCGGCGUUCAAGAUCAGGUCAGGUACACAGUUUCAUGGCUGCACUGACCUGUCUACGCUCUGUAGAGACAAAUCUCACA